AUGGAUAACCAACAAGUUCAUGUGCCUACAACAAAGUCUUCAAAGACGCGUAGGGUUUGGAGGAAAUCCGAAGAGGAUGCCCUUAUCAAAAUCAUGGUAACUGAAAUGUGUGACAAAUGGAAGGCGGAGAAUGGGUUCAAACCCGGGUUCUUCACCUUAGUUGAGAAAGAGAUGGAUAAGGUCAUGCCGGAGAGUAAAAUUAAGGCCUCCCCUCACAUUGACUCAAAAGUCAAAUAUUGGAGAAAAACAUAUGCCAAAUUGACCGACAUUCUAAAACUUAGUGGCUUCGGGUGGGACCAUGUCAACAAAAGAAUUGAAGUGGAUGAUGAGGUGUGGAAAAUCUACGAAGAGGCGUACCCUCAGAAAGCAAAAGAGGUUGGUGGAAAGCGUUUUCCUUACUUUGAAGAUUGGGAAUUCCUCUUCGGAAAGGAUAGGGCCAACGGGGAAGGAGCGGAGGUUCCUUCGGAAAUGGCUCGACCGCCACAAAAUGAAAAUGAUUCCCCAAAUGAACAAAUUGAGGAGAAUGAGGAUUGCUACUAUCCUUACUUCGGUGAAGAAUUUCAUCGCAACCCCAUAAGUGGAGUCACGGGGAUGUCGAAUGAAAUUCCUUUCGGAUCGACACCUCCACUCUCCACACCUCCGGCGUCCACACCUCCAUCCUCCACAACUCCAGUGUCCACGACUUCAAACUCGGCACGUCGUACGUCACUCCCGACAUCCACUCCCCGCACCUCCACUCCUCCGGCCAACUCCGGAACGCAAAGGGGGAAGAAGAGGACAAGAAUGGCUGAUAUGGGAUCCCUUGCUGCAAGCAUGGAGGUAUGGCUGGAAAAAAGUGAUAGCCAUAUGGAGAAAAUGACGGAUGCAAUGGGGUAUUCUAACAAAUUAUCCGCUCGCCGCACGCAAGUGCCUCUUGAGCUUGAAAAGCUUGACCUUACCAAUACCCAACGAUUUAGGUUAGGUGCAAUCAUAUGUGUGGCUGAAGAUCGGUUGGACCUAUUCUAUGGCAUCAAAGAUCAUCAAAAACAAGCGUGGGUUCAGGCCGUCCUAGAUGGUCUCAUCUUUGGUCCUGUGUAG